AGAUUGGUAUAGGUUCUCCUGCUUGUGCAGGGGGCUGGACUAGAAGACCUCCAAGGUCCCUUCCAGCUCUGUUCUAUUCCAUUCCAUUCUAACUUUAUAAGAUGUCUGAUCCAGGAUCUCUCUCUCUCUCUGAUAGACAGUCAGUGAGAUGGACACAGAUGGAUACGUAGAUAAUCUUCCCUGCCUUUGUUAUUUUCAUUAAUAACUCAAAGCCGCUAACUUACCCAAUGUUCCUCCUGUUUUCCCCCUAACAACCUUGUGAGGUGGGUUGGGCUGAGCGAAAAUGACUGGUCCAAAGUCACCUAGCCAGCCAGCUUUCAUCCUGGUUUCUAACUUGUUGCCGUAGCCCCGAGGCAAAACUGCCUGACGAUGUGUGCUUGCCUCAAUCUGGUUUUGCACACUAUAUAAACAUCACCACUGUGUUACACAAGCCUCAUUUAUAUCUUGGAGCUAUCUAGACAUCUAAGUACGCUUUGGUUAACCAUGGCUGAUAUAUAAGCAUGAAAUAACCAUAUGAAUUGUAUACAAUCAAAGGGAACAUUAGGACAGGAACGGUAGGCACGCUUGUGCUCUUAUGCACGCCCCUUACAGACCUCUUAGAAAUGGGGUGAGGUCAAUAGUAGAUAGUCUUUGGUUAAAGCUUUGGGGAUUAUGGGAAGAGACCACAGAGUCAGGUAGUUUAUUCCAAGCAUUAACAACUCUGUUACUGAAGUCAUAUUUUCUGCAAUCAAGAUUGGAGCGGUUAACAUUAACCUUAAAUCUAUUGUGUGCUCGUGUAUUGUUGCGAUUGAAGCUGAAGUAGUCUUUGACAGGAAGGACAUUGUAAUAGAUAAUUCUAUGAGUUAAACUCAGGUCAUGUCGAAGGCGACGGAGUUCUAAAUUUUCUAAACCCAGGAUUUCAAGUCUGGUGGCAUAAGAUGAAGUUUCUUCCAGGCCUGAAAAGCUGGGGAGAAUGGCUGGUUCCUGGAAUCCACCGUUGGGCCUCUCACGCCUCUGUGCCCCAGACUGCCUCCUCCCUGGCAUUCGUUCCAGCCAGCCCUCCUCCGGACGCUGGGGCAAUAGAGAAACUCCAGAUGUUCGUUCUCCGCUGCCAGCGGCUCUUUGUCUUGACCGGAGCAGGAAUCUCUACCGAAUCCGGCAUCCCGGACUACCGGUCUGAAGGCGUGGGCCUCUACGCCCGGUCUGACCGGCGGCCCGUCCAGCACGCCGAGUUUCUCCGCAGUGCCGCAGCCCGGCAGAAGUACUGGGCCAGGAACUUUGUGGGGUGGCCCCAGUUUUCCUCCCACCAGCCCAACGUGGCACACCGGGCUCUGAGCAGCUGGGAACAGCAGGGGAAGCUACACUGGCUGGUGACCCAGAAUGUGGAUGCCCUCCAUGCCAAGGCUGGCAGUCGGCGCAUGACUGAGCUGCACGGCUGCACACACAGGGUCGUGUGCCUCAGUUGUGGGGCCCGGGUCUCCCGCGAGCAUCUCCAGGAACAUUUUGAGGCUUUGAACCCCACGUGGACAGCUGAGUCCCACGGCGUGGCCCCUGACGGAGAUGUCUUUCUGCCAGAAGAGCAGGUGCACCAUUUCCGUGUCCCUUCGUGCAGCAAAUGUGGCGGGGUCCUCAAGCCAGAUGUGAUUUUCUUUGGGGACAACGUGUGCAAGGAGAAAGUGGACUUUGUGUACCAGCGUCUUGAGGAGUCCGAUGCGGUUCUCGUGGCCGGGUCUUCCUUGCAGGUCUUCUCAGCUUACAAAUUUGCACUUGCUGCCCGGGACAGGAAGUUGCCGAUUGCCAUUGUUAACAUCGGCCCCACACGGGCCGAUUCCUUGGCUUCUCUAAAGCUGAAUUCCCGCUGUGGGGCACUGCUGCCUUUGAUUCUCCUUUGAGUGACCUGGUGGGCAUCCAGACCAGUAAAGAUUCAAGGGUAAUUGUGGGAUGCUGUUGAAGUGGGCUGGUUUGAGGUCCAGGGGUUUAAGUCAAAUACCACCAAGAUAGCCAGAAGGACUGAGCAAAGUGAUCGACAGCCUAGAAAGAGCUUUGCAGAACAUAGAAUUAUAGGAUUGGAAGGGACCUUAGAGCAGGGGUCUCCAGCCUUGGCAACUUUAAGCCUGGUGGACUUCAACUGAUGUGUUGUCUCUUCAGGAAGCCACUUCAUUGGCCGAAAUGCCAAGAGGUAUCAUCUUCUAGAAGCGAUUCUCCAUGGAAACCCUCCUGCUGUCCUCUUCCCUCAAAACUCUUUUUUAUUUUAUUAUUCAUUAUUAUUUUAUUAUUUACAUUUAUAUCCCGCCCUUCUCCGAAGACUCAGGGCGGCUUACACUAUGUUAGCAAUAGUCUUCAUCCAUUUGUAUAUUAUAUACAAAGUCAACUUAUUGCCCCCAACAAUCUGGGUCCUCAUUUUACCUACCUUAUAAAGGAUGGAAGGCUGAGUCAACCUUGGGCCUGGUGGGACUAGAACCUGCAGUAAUUGCAGGCUGCUGCUGUUCAUAACAGACUGCAUUAGCAGCCUGAGCCACAGAGGCCCUUAUGAUUGAAGCAUUUUCCAUCCUUCUCUUGGGUUCCAGCUGUUAUCUUGACUCACCAUCUUAGUAUCGUGGUUUAAAGCCUAUGGAGAUAAAAAAAUCUCACUCUUAGAGAGCUUUGAUCUCUCCCAACCAACCAGCAGCUUGUGAAAUCAAGCAGGACUGAGCCAAGGGGAACAGGAAAAAUCUAGAUCUUGUCUUGUCUCACUUUGGCUAUUAAGCCAGCAGGCCAAGUAGACUCUCGGCUCACGGUUCAAUGGCAAAGCAUUUUGCCUUUUUAGUACUGUAAAUAUUACAUGCUCAGGUGGGCCUUUUAGGCCCCUCAAACCAGCUCCUCAAAGGGCCUUCUCCAGCCUUCAGAAGUCCACGACAUCGAACUGUGCCUCUCCUGUGCACCAGCUCCACUCUUGGGUUUUUUCAGGGCGGGUGGUGAAUAAAGGCAUCAGUUUCAGAGAAAUUUUGUCUUCCUUCCUCAGAAGCAUAGAAAAGUCACAGGACUUGGCUACCUGUGAACACGGCACGCUAAGCUCUAUUAUUACAGUUCACAGAUUUGUCGAU